UACAAACCCAGACAAAUUUUGUGAGUCUGGACAAGCCUUAGUCUACUACGAAAAACAGUCAAGACAUCUAAAAGUAUGGGAUUUGAUGUCCCCUUAGAGCUCUGAACAGGACACCGCAAGUGAAGAAAAAUGAGACUUCCGACGUUGACGGCUCUGUACGUGUGUUGCAUCUCCUGUGUGUGUGCUGAAUCAGUGUAUAUUACGGCCUAUGGAGGUUUCCGGUACUUAAAGGUGAGGGCUUCCGGCCGUAUGACGUCAUCAAAUGUCAAGACCACCUGCGAAGCUGCUGGUUACGUCACUCCCUGCCCGUCCUGGAGCACGUGUCUGCACACGUCACCGGACUGCACCGUGGCGAGUCUGACCGACUGCGUCAGGCCCAUGAACGACCUCGCUGUUCCGCUGUGUGGCGCUGCUCCUGAUGCCUGCCCUCAGUUCUACAGCGUUUAUAUCUUCAUGAGCAAUUUCAACAGUGGGGCGGCCUGUGGGGUCGAACACAACUGGUGUGCAAAUGGAAAUAACUACUACAACAAAUACGCUCUUUGCGCUGAAGCUGCUGAGGGGUACUUAGUCAGUAUCGGAAGUUGGGCAUUCUACAAGGCCACUGUCUCGGGCACAAUGUCGGCGGCAAAUAUCCAGUCGGCGUGCGCUGCAGGCGGGGCCGUAACACCGUGUCCGGGGGGUAGCGCCUGCGGACUCCCUCCGUCCUCCUGCACGGUCACUAGUCUCGCUUCAUGCGGCAACCCGAUGUCGCAGCUCGCUGCGGAGGUCUGUGGAAGCAACGCGACGUCCUGCAGGCUGCUGGACGGAGUGUACGCCAUCACAUACGACAGCAACGGAAAGACAUGCGGAGUAGAAGCAGGUGACUGGUGUGUGGACGGCUCGACUAGAAACAACGGCUUUGCCCUGUGUGCGAGAGAGGAAGAAAUCUAUCUCGCCUCAAUCGGAGGAUGGUCCUUCUACAAGGUGAGAUCGUCCGGUCAGAUGAGCUCAGAUAACGUCAGGCUCACCUGUGAGGCUGCAGGGUACGUGACGUCAUGUUCCGGGGACCCAACAUGUCAGUACACGUCCUCAGCCUGCGCCGUGACGAGUCUUACUGACUGUGACAACCCCAUGAACCAAGUUUCCGCCGCCCUCUGCCGCACCACCCCCGACCUCUGUGCCCAGCUGUACGGGGUGUACAGCUUCAUGCACGGCUGGCCCGGGUCGCUAGAGAGCGCUGCUUGUGGGUCAGAAAACGGCAGGUGGUGUACCGUUGGAACGAGCUACGAAGACAGAUAUGCGCUCUGUGCAAAAGCUGUUACCAGUACCCACGGUUUCGCUGUUCUUCGCACGAAGACCCUGACGUUCCACGGGUACAAGUUCUUGGCCAUAGAGGCUCGCCUCUCCGAAGACGGCCAGUCCCAUAGUGAAACUGGUGCCGUGAUUAUCAGUAUCUGUGUGAGAAUUACGAUCUGAAGCCUACUGGAUGUGGAGAGGACUUUGCUCUCAGCAACUCUUCCUAUGCAAGGUGCCACACUGAAUAUAACUCCAGUGUGUACAUCAACAACACCCUGUCCUGCGACCCGUCUGCCAAGAUUGCGGAGGUCGCAAAUCUUGCGUUCAGCGCCGGUGUUUCGCCGCAGCGUUGCCUGGGCUUUAACCGCUGUGAGUCGAGCACAUGUACCCGGGCCAUAGCAGGAAGUACGGGCGCCCUGUCUUUUACCUAUGGUGCAGUGUCAGGCGACGGGCUUGUGUACACGGUCU